AAACGCUUAGGCAAGUCCACAGUGCAGCAACGCCGUUAACAGACAAGUCAUUACCGUUACAAUUAGGUAAAUAUGACGAACCGAUACACAGAAGGUGAGCAAAGUUUGAUUUUGAAGUUGAUUCAGUACUUCCAAGGGGAAAAAGAAGCAGGCAAAACUUUAUUACCUGUAAGCGCAGUAUAUGAUAGGGUUUGUGCUGCCCUGGGUGUAUCGUUGUCGACUGUAAAAAGAAUUAGUACAAGAGGUGUUAAAAAAGAUGACGAUUACAAAUCGCAAAAAAGUGUGGCUAUUAGUUUAUCUCACGGACCUCCGCUGCAUGAAAUACAUGAACAUUUAAUAAGGACACGGAUUUAUGCAAUGUAUGCCACAGGCCACAGCAAGUCCGGAGACUAUCAUGACUCCAUGAAUUGCCUUAACUUUGAGAAGUGGUUUGAACAACAAUUGAUCCCGAACUUGGAUGAACCUUCUCUUAUAAUUAUGGACAACGCUUCUUACCAUUCAGGAUUGGUAGAAAAAAGUCCAAAUCAAUGCUGGACAAAAAUGUCACUUAUAGAGUGGCUAACAUCACGAGACAUUACAUUUGCACCAACAAUGAUGAAAGAUCAGAUCUGGGAAGUAGUGAAAAAUCAUAUACCACCAAAACUAUUUAGAUUGGACGAAUUAGCAUUACAACAUGGUCAUCGUGUUUUGAGACUUCCUCCAUAUCACUGCGAGUAUAAUCCAAUCGAAAUGGUAUGGUCAGAAUGCAAACGGCAUUACGAUGCAAGGAUCGGUUCAAUUCAGCCUGUCACACACAGUGCCGUUUUGUCUUUAUGGAAUGAGGCACUGCACAAAGUUACACCAGAAAAAUGGAAAAGAUAGUUUGAUCAUACAAGAGGCAUUAUAAACCAGGCCUGGGAACGGGAACAACAUAUUGAUACAUCAGACAUCUUACCGGUGAUUGUCAACUUGGACGAAUCUGAUAGUGACGAAGAUUAUUAUGAUGAUUAUAUUCAUGAGGCAGAAGAGAAUGAGCGUGUUUAAGAAUAUUAUUUUGGGCCGUUUAUACAUAUAUACCUACUUGUCGUGUAGUGUCGUUUUUU